AUGACUCCGUCACCGACUCACAAUCCUCCAAAGGCAGGCCCGUCCACCCAAGGACAGGGACCUGAAAACUCCGACCUUUACCUGCCUUCAUCGCAACCGACUGUUGCCGGUCAACCCUCGCGCUCUCGCCUCUACCGAACCAUCCUGGGCGACGUUUUCGAAACGUUUGACAUAUUGCGCACGAUCAGGAAUAACGAGGGAUGGCGUGGACUGUUCCGCGGCAUUGGGCCCAGUCUGGCCGGCGUGGUUCCUGCAACUACCAUAAAGUUCUGUGUGUACGGAAAUACCAAGCUCCUCGCAGCUAGAUACCUGAACCACAAGGAGGACGACCCUAUCAUACAUGCGUACGCCGCCGUUGCCGCCAGCAUCGCCACCGCAACAGCGACGAAUCCCGUGUGGCUUGUGAAGAUCAGGCUCCAACUCGACAGAUCACGUGCCAUUCACGGCACUACGAUGCGUCAAUAUAAGGGAAGCUUCGACUGUGUGCAAAAGGUGCUGCGGAAAGAGGGAAUCCCUGGGUUGUACCGCGGUUUAAGCGCGAGCUACUUGGGCACG